GCGCGCACGUUCCCUUCUGCUCACCACCAUCAAGUGCCUCCUCGGGAAAUCAGACUUUACCGCGCCUCGAACGACGGCUGCUCUGUCGACUGCCGUAUUCUGAUGCUUCCUGAACCGUGUGGAUGUUCGAAGAGGAAAGAGAUCCUGGGUGGAUUUACGAAUUCAGUCAGGUGUUUGAUCUUUUGUUCAGAUAUGGGAUCUUGCCUGCCUCGGGAAGUACGUGGGCAAACCUCCCAAAAUGACAGCUUUACCAAUAGUGAGAUCUCACGAUUCCGAACUCCGUCCAGUGGCAGUUAAGGCACAUUCCUGGCUCAUGUUUGAGCUUCCUGAGAGCUGAAAUGGCAUCGUGAUGAUGCGGGCUAACUCAUGGCAUAUCAUGACUCUCCUUCGUCCCGAGUAUAUGAGACGCGAAGUCUGACCGUACUUUGACAUUCACCCGCCUCGACGAUACCCCUCAUCCUCUCGCUAACACCGGUGCGUAUAACACUAACCUAUCUGCUGGGUCUUGACUCAUGUCAUGUCAUUAUCAUAGCGCUCUUCCGUUAAGGGGGCUUUCUGCGUCCAGAUACGCGUGCGCUCAAUAUCCCUCAACAUCCUUCACGAUCAUCAUGCCAUCUCAAUCCGCCUUCUUCGACGAGCACGCUCAGCACUCUGCGCUUCCUACGGGCCAUAGAUACGGCUCCUAUCCCCAAUACUUCUCAGCGUCUCCACUGAACCAUGCCAUGGGCGCUGGCGUCCAUUCGAGCUUCUUGUCGCACAAUUGGCGGUCCCCGCCUCAGACUGCUGCAAACACUUUCUCCGAAUCUCCUUUGAGUACACCAUACUCUGAGACCGGCUCUGCCGACAGUAGCUAUUACAUGGGAGAUGUCGCAUCCCAUGCAGUAGGUUAUCCUGAGUCUUCACAGAGAACUCAUUUGCCGGAUGCGGCCUAUGCUGCUGCCAUCUAUCAGUCCCGCUUCCACGGCGGAGUUUCCUCUGUCGAUGACACCACUUCAUAUAAUUCGCAAGGUGUGGCCAAUGGACGACAUGCCCUCCAUUCUGCCUCUUGUCAGUUCAUCUCCUCGUCUGAAGGAAGUGAGUUGCCGGUAUCUGCUCGACAUGACGCUCAUAACAAUCCGUCGACGACAUCUACUACUGUUCAACAAUUCUCUCCGCAGCGCCUCAUGGGAAUGACCGGGCCCGGCUUCUCUCCUCAGACGGGUAACUUUGAGUCGACGCACUCGCCCCCUUCCUCCAUUCAGCGAAGUAUACCCACCUCCCCUCAAUCGCAGCCGCUCUCGUAUUUCUACCCGGACACUCGCGACCUUCAUUACCCGCCUCCCCUAUCCAUCUACCCCAACUCGCACUCGAACGCCAUUGCAAGAUUAGGAGAGCCUGGAAGCCCUUCUGUUGUUCCGCCGUUGGUCUUCGAUGUCGACAUUGGAGAUGAGUACGAGGAAGGAUCCGAAUGUAGUCUUCCCUCGGCAUCUUCUGAUACAUCGCGGUCGAGCGAUCGUGAUAUGCCAUCGUCUAUUCGUGAUGGAGCUGGGGGACGCGGGCUUUCUGAUGAAUGGCAGCAGUCUGGAAGAGAUUCGGACGCGCAACACGGCGAUACUGGUAGCCCCAUCGAGUAUGACGCUCAGAGCCCUACAUUAUCUUCUAGCACUCUCGCCUCACCUACACUUUCGAACGAGAAUCAUGAACAUGGCAAGUCCAGCAAGAAGAGCAAAAUGCACCAAUGCAACAUUUGCGCAAAGUGGUUCCCUCGUCCUAGUGGCCUUGCGACUCACAUGAACUCCCACUCGGGCGCGCGGCCUUACAAGUGCCCAGUUGAGGGUUGUGCCAAGAGUUUCGCUGUACGGUCCAAUGCUAAACGUCACCUCCGCACCCACGGAAUAUUUCCCACUACCGAGCACAGCGCUCCCCCCACCCAGUUCACCGUCGGUUUCGACGAACCCAUCGUUUCGGAUGCCCCGCAGGUCGGGAAAUUGCCGUCGAAAUUGCGCUGGGUCCCUCAGUCUCUCUCUUCUCGUACUAACGUGGACCACCUUAAAGAUCCUACGUCGGACUCCGAGGAUGAGUACGCAUCCGCGUGUGCAGUCGUAUCCGUUCCCCUUCCUGCCGUUCUCCCAUCUUCGCCAAAGUGGGACGGGGAUGACAGAUAUGAAGAACGAAACUCCUAUGAGCGGUUUGGAAUGAACCCGUACCUUUCCUCACAGUGGAGGGGUCUUCCUGGACCCGCCAUCUUGUCUUCCACACUCUAGAUUUUGGUCAUUCUGGUUCUUCCUGCAUCCCUGUGGGACUGUGUUGUCUGUACGUUAUGAAGAUGCCGCUUUUGGUUUACGCUAUCUCUUGCUUUCUGCUUUCUAACGACAUAUUCCCGACCUUUGUCAUUCUUGAUACCAUGCCACUGCUUCGCCGUUGUACGAAUAGUUCGCUGAUGCCGUUCUCCACUGUUGUAACAUUAGUCGUUUCCAUAGCCAAUACGUUAGAUAGACUGAAGAUCCAUGUGAUGCCGUAAUGCUACCGUUACCUGUGAUUAUGGUAGAUAGUUGCAAAUAAUGAUCCUACACUCUCCCGCCAUCUCUCCAGCAUGCGUGAUUUAUCACAGCC